UCCUGUGGCUGUUCAAUGAACAAAGAUAGAGAAAAAGAGACAAUCCAAGACAUUGCAUUUGACAAGAAAAUUUUCCUUUUUCUCUCCCUCCUCUCUCUUUCUCUUCCCCUGCAACAGAGAGGGAAAGGGACAGAGCUUUGAGCUCAUAAUCAAUCUCGAUUUCGAGGGAGGCGAGAUCAUAUCAAUCGAUAUAAAUCUUUCAGAUUAAAUUGGGUUAGUGCAUGGUACACAUUCUCAAGAGGUUUGAAAUAGAAAGUACAGCCAAGCUGAAUGAUGGAUCAAAUAUUGGGCAAGGCCGGUUCGUAUCUGUUUGCCCAGAAAGCCAAUAAGGAGAUGGGCGCUGUCAGCAACGAAAUCAACCAAAUGUCGAAUAGCAUUGAAGGAGGGGCGAAGUGGCUUGUUAACAAGAUCAAAGGUAAAAUACAGAAACCGCUUCCGGAGAUCCUGAAGGAACACAACCUGCCAGGUGGAUUAUUCCCAAAUGAUGCCACGAAUUACGAUUUCGAUGAGAACACAGGGUACCUAACCGUCAUCUUGCCCGGCCCCUGCGAGGUUCAGUAUAAGGAUUCGUCCCAGCUGCGAUUCAACACUUCAGUGUCGGGGUAUCUAGAGAAGGGGAAGAUGACGAACAUCGAGGGGAUGAAGACAAAGAUGGUAAUGAUAUGGGUGAAGGUGACCUUGAUAGCGGUUGAAGGAUCAGACAAGGUCCAAUUCUCCGCCGGGAUGAAGAAGAGCCGGAGCCGAGAAGCUUAUGAAGCCCAGAGGGAAGGAGUAGCAGUUAACAGCUUCUGAAAAUUGAUGGCAUUUCAAUUACUUGGCCUUGUGAUUCGGUCUUUCUGUGCAAGCUUUUCAGUUUUUUGUCAUUUGCUUCAAUUGUAGAAUUACAAAUCGUGGCUUUUCGAAA